ACGGUGGACACGCAGAAACUGAAGCGCGUUCCGCAACCGGAAACCAAGAGCGACGAGUCCAGCUCGGGUAGUUCCGGUAGCUCCGGUUCGGAGUCCGUCGAGCGCCCGUCGGUCGGCGUGCGGACGGACAUAACGAUCGAGAUAUCGGAGGAAAGAGCCACGAACGACACACGCACUCCGGCGGCCGGUGGUGAUGGUGGGGUGAAGAAGGAUCGCAACGGCACUGGCGGUGGUGGUGGCGGUAAAAAGGAUCGAGGCGACGGUGCACCCGACGAUGACAAUGCCAGCAUACCGGUGUUCAAGGGUAUGGCCGGAGUUUCGCCAGCAAAACCCAAACCAAAGCCAACGCCAGAGCGGCCGCCCCAAGGCGGGGGACCCAUCGUGACCCUCGGUCAGCGGCCACCUUCGACUAGCUUCUUCUACGGAAGCAACGAUGAUCGCAAUCGAAUCAGUGGAGAGUACGACGCCUGGAACGGACGGUCGCAUCCACACACGGUCACGGCCAUCUGGACAACGGAAAGGCCCUACCUACGAAGGGCGGAGCACGACUUUGCUGGUGAGUAG